AUGGCGUCAAGAGGAAGUAGUCGAAGUAGCUCAGUGAGCUCUUCCAAUGAGAGGUCGCUAAAACAGUCGCUAAUAACAAAUGGAGGUCUAAUAAAUAAAGCUGAGCCGAGGUCGAGGAAAAGAAAAUCACCUUCUCCAAUGGAAUCCACAACUCCAAAGGAUGUAGGCAGCAAGAGGAAGUCUGCCAGGAUUGCACAAAUUGAAGAAACUAGUACACCAACGCUAUCUGCUAGUCCGGAGAUUCGAGAGUCGUUGCGUAUAGAUCUGGAUCUGCAUUUGAAUCUGGAUAGUGUUGAGGAAAAAAUUUCAACCAAUGGUAAUGAGUUCGUUGAGCCACCACUUGCGCCCCCAUCUCCGUCAUACACGGGGUUACCGUUGGAGGAGUUUCCGACGGCAAAGAUAAAGAAGGAACUGUUGUGGCCGAUCAAAAAGAAGAGUAAAAGCAAAGAGGCGGAGUCAAUAGACAAUGGUAAUUAUAGUAGCAGUAACAAAAACGGCAACAUUAGCAACAACAACAACAACAACAACAACAACAACAACAACAGUGGCAACUCCAACUCCUCCAAGAUGGCAUUGAGUCAAAAUCCAUCGAUUGAAAAUGCUACAAGUAUUGAACAAAAGUAUAUCAACCAUUUGCAAACACCGCUUUCUGACGAAAUUACCGCUCCAAGCACAAUAAGAGGUUCCCUUGAUACAAGCUCGCGGCCGAUACGGCAAACAAAAUUGAAGUUGACAGUGAAAACGCCGAAGCAGCACAUUCAAAAGCACACAGUAUCGCCAUCUUCGUCAAAUAACGAUACCAAAGUUGAUAAAAGUACACCCAAAAAUGUGCUCAAGAAAAUAAAAAUCAUCUCCCCGCAAAAGACAGAUGCCAGCACUAAACUUUUGGCACCAAAUACCAAAAUCAAAAAUGAAGCUGAACACCAUCAACACCAACACCAGCACGCACAAGAGGAAGACACGCAUAAAGAUAAUGAUGAUUUCUGUUUUUCGUGCGGACGACCAGGAAUUUUUAUAUGUUGUGAAACUUGUCCGAAAUCGUUUCACUUCACAUGUUGCGACCCCCCUUUGGAGGAGCCACCUGAGGACGAUUGGUUCUGCCAUGAGUGCGUUGCGAAGCGAAACGCGUCAUUGUUACCCAAUUGGAAAGAUAUUGGAAUCUUUGGUAAAUUGUUGAAUAAUUUGCAAACUCGAAACCCCAAAGCGUUUGAGUUGCCACGAGCGUUGCGUGAAGAUACGUUUAUAGGUGUUGAGACAGGUGAUUUUGGCGACUACGCUGAUGAUUCCGAAAAACCCGAUAUACCAGCAAGUAAACGUAAUGGAAACCAGUUGCCGGGUUUUAACCGAGAUCCCGACUUGGAGAUAGAAACGUUGUAUGAUGGAGAUGGAAAACCCAACUUGUGUCACAAAUGUAAAGAAUCAGGACUCAACCAUAGGACAUUGAUCAAAUGUGACUAUUGCCCCUUGAUAUAUCAUAUCGAUUGUCUUGAAUACCCGAUGUUUGGUCCCAAAACAAUUGGCGAUAAAUGGCGUUGUCCAAACCAUGUUUCAGACUUGUUGCCACGUGGCUUGCCGCAAUUGAGGCAAUAUAAGAAUACAGAAAUUGUUGAAAGUUCAUUGCAGACCAAUUUCUUGAGGAUGAUGGCAUUGGGAAACUUUGUAGUGAAAUUUGAUUCUGAGCAGUAUCUCAAGGAUAAUCAUAACCACAAUAAUGGUGGUAGCAAUAGUGCAAGAGCAAAAACGGAGAAUGCGAAUUCGGACAGACUUGCUACUUUGCACUCAUUGUCUGAUUGGGGUAGUGACCUUAAUGCCAUCCAUCCCGAGUUUCAACCUAGUUUGAAUGUCGGCACUAUUGUCACCAAAGACGGUAUUUGCCAGCCAACUCCGUUGCUGAAACUGAAAAUUACACCUAUCUCGUCAUCUUCAAAAUCAAGAAUAUAUAGGAUUCCCGAAAAACUGAUAAUCAUGGACUUUAUGAGCAAAGUUGAGAAAAAGGAUAAUGCUAUUGAUGCUUACACGGAGUAUGAAUAUCUCAGCCGACUAGAACAAAACCCAGCCGAAAAAGAAAUAAUUGAUUCCCUUUAUUCCAUUCAUAGCAGACAGAGGCAGCUUAAUUUUGAAGCGUUGCUAAAAGCUGCGCAGUUGAAUUUAACGGAAAACUGGAAAGUAGAAAAGGAGCAGGAGAAGGAGAAGGCGAAGGAGAAGGAGGAGGAGGAGAAGGAGGAGAAGGAGGAAGAGGAUAGGACGGAAGAUGUUUCUAAUAUUAGUAAAGACAAAAGCAUCCAUGAAAACAAUAUCAAUCACAACGAUACAUUAUCAUACAAAGAGAUUCAGGAUUUGAUCAAGAUCAAAAAACUCAUGGAAAUCAAGGGCCAGGAUAGUUUAUUAAAAUUUCUUCAAUCCAAAUAA